AGUCGCGAGUUUGAAAAUAUGCGGCUUAAAUUGCUGUUUCUUUUGAUUGCGUUGACACAGAAGUUUGAUUUAGUUAUUUAGUUACUGUUGUGUAUGUGUGUGUGGCUGCGCCCACCACUGGCUAAUGAUCCGCGUAUUAUCGCUCAAUAAAUGAGUGUGCAUUCCGCUAGCAGUCGUUUCACUCGUCCCCUUUCUGUCUACGUAACAUUGGCGACGAGGACGUACCUACCGCAAAAAAAAAAAAAAAAAUGUCGAGUUUACAAUUUGGGGUUUUAUCUUCGUUUGACCAUACAAUGCAGUCUUGGAAGUCUUAUAAAGGUCGUAUAGCGCAAUGGUAUAUAGCAAACGACAUUACCGAAACCAGUGACGCGACAGGAACCAAAAGGCGAGCGAUACUGCUAAGCGCACUCUCCGAUGGCACUUUCAAACUCGCUUCGGACCUUGCCCUACCCAAGGAGCUGCAGGAUGUGCCCUUUGAAGACAUACUACAGCUACUAGAUAAACACUUCACGCCGAAACGUUGUGGGUUCGGCGAACGAUGCAACUUUUACGCAGCAUCACAGCAUGCCGAUGAAACUCCAACACAAUGGGCUGCGCGACUCCGCGGGCUAACAGCUCACUGUGGGUUUAGCAACGUGGAAGAAACCCUGCGUGAUCGGUUCGUAAUGGGGAUGUUACCUGGACAUGAGCGGAAUAAGUUGUUUGCUCAAGAUUUGGCAGAACUAACCCUAGCUAAGGCCAUCGAGGUAGCGGAGACGAUCAGGAGCGCGCGUAUGGUCGCCGCGGCUACCGCGCAUCUCGCGGGGCAACCAGAACAGUUGUACAAGAUCAACCAGAAGGCUGCAAGUAAAACAAUUUCCGUUGACAAGUGUUUGGUGUGCGGUCGUUCAAACCAUACGUCAUCGAAGUGCCGGUUUGCAAAAUACAAGUGUAAAAAGUGCAACGUACAAGGUCACCUUCAAAGAAUGUGUAAUAAAGUGAAUUACAUAGUUACGGAUGAGGUUGACGAGGGUGAUGACGUGUUUACAGGUUGAAUCACAUGGCGGUAAUAAUAAACAAACCUUUUCGAUAGGGGAUAAGGUACUAUAUAAAAACAUUAUUAACGGUA